UGCGUUGUUGUGGCAAUGUUCCACCGCAGGAGGAUGAAGAAGCGCAGGCCACAGAUCUCGGCGCCACGGGACUUCCAGCACCGCGUCCACACGUCGUUCGAUGUCGCCACCGGACGCUACAUUGGUCUGCCGCCACAGUGGCAGAGCGUUAUUGACACGCUGAGGAGGCCACGCCCCCUGGUGGACCCAUCCAGGAUCACUGAGGUCCAACUGAGGAAGACGAUAGUCCGCGGGAGUUUCCUCGGUCAUGGCGACUACAUCUCCCAGCUGAUCUCCGAGAUGAGCCACCUGUCCGUCACCAGCUCCAACUCUCUGCGCCGCAGCAGCCCGUCGGCCCGGAGACGGGCCCGGUCGCUGGGCCGACUGGGAGAACUGGCGGAGGAGUCGUACCAGUACGAGGAACUCGAUCGCUGUGGCGACGGCGGGAAGACGACGGGCCGGAGCUCCACCUACUGGCAGGACAGGAUCCGACAGGUGCGCAGUGAGAGCGGGAAACAGCACGCAGCGUUGCAGAGAGCCAAGUCCUCCUGCCAGGUGGGGACGGAGGCCUCGCCCCCGACAGAUCUGUUGGCGGCUUUGACAGGGGGGGAGUACACCCGCAGUGAGGGGGCGAGGCUAAGACGAAGGCCGACUUCCUGUCACGACAACCUGCAGACUCACCUGAGACUGAAACCGGCUGGCAAUCAAAAACUGCCGGACCUGCUGUCCUCCUUCAGAGAAACUCUCAAAAGGCCUCACUCCACCUACGACCUCAAGUCUUCUGCCCCACAGUUGCCCCCCCCCAACAGCACCAGCAGUCCCCUGAUCGCAGGUCGCCCUCAGCGCUCGCUCCGCCCGUCCUCCAGCUUCAACAUCGGAGCUUCUCCAAAAACACCGACACCCCAGCCCCGCCCCUCCCCCACAGCCCUCUCCCCCCAGCAGACGGCGCCUGACGGAGGCGUGAAGUUGACCCACGAGCAGUUCAAGGCGGCGCUGCAGACGGUGGUAGACCCGGGCGACCCAAGGACGACCCUGGAGAACUUUGUGAAGAUCGGGGAGGGGUCCACAGGCGUGGUCUGCCUCGCCCGGGAGAGGCACAGUGGGCGCCGCGUCGCCGUCAAGAUGAUGGACCUCAGGAAGCAACAGCGCCGCGAGCUGCUGUUCAACGAGGUGGUGAUCAUGAGGGACUACCGGCACCACAACGUGGUGGAGAUGCACCGCAGCGCUCUGGUGGAGGAGGAACUCUGGGUAAUCAUGGAGUACCUGCAGGGCGGCGCUCUCACUCACAUCGUCAGUGAAACCAGGCUGAGCGAGGAGCAAACGGCGACAGUGUGUGAAGGCGUGCUGCAGGCGCUGUCCUACCUUCACUGUCAGGGAGUCAUACACAGAGACAUCAAGAGCGACUCCAUACUGCUGACACUGGACGGGAGGAUAACACUGUCAGACUUUGGUUUCUGUGCUCAGAUCAGUAAAGACGUCCAGAAGAGGAAGUCUCUGGUUGGGACUCCGUACUGGAUGGCCCCUGAAGUGAUUUCCAAAACACCGUACGGCACUGAGGUGGACAUCUGGUCUCUGGGCAUCAUGGUGGUGGAGAUGGUGGACGGAGAGCCGCCAUAUUUCAGCGACACGCCCAUCACCGCCAUGAAGAAGCUGAGAGACGAGGCGGCACCGAGUGUGAAGAACAUCCACAGGGUGUCUCCGGUAUUGAAGGACUUCCUGGGCUGCAUGUUGACUCGGGACACGAAGCAGCGCUCCAGCGCCGCCAACCUGCUGCAGCACCCGUUCCUGCUGCAGGCCGGCUCCCCGUGCUGCCUGGUGCCGCUGGUGGAGCACCACCGCAAACGCAUGUCGCUUUGUUGAACACCUGAGACUCAUCUGAAACACCUGAGACUCACCUGAAACACAUGUGGGACUCACCUGAAACACAUGUGGGACUCACCGGAAACACCUGAGACUCACCUGAAACACCUGAGACUCAUCUGAAACACCUGAGACUCACCUGAAAGACAUGUGGGACUCACCUGAAAGACAUGUUGAACUCACCUGAAACACCUGAGACUCACCUGAAAGACAUGUUGAACUCACCUGAAACACCUGAGACUCACCUGAAAGACAUGUGGGACUCACCUGAAACACAUGUUGAACUCACAUGAAACACCUGAGACUCACCUGAAAGACAUGUGGGACUCACCGGAAACACCUGAGACUCACCUGAAAGACAUGUUGAACUCACCUGAAACACACGGCGAGUGUCUUUGUUUUCUAUGACCAGAGAAACGUGAGCUCAGUUUCUCAUUGGUUGCUCAGGAGGCUGCAGACUUCAGCGACCAAUCAGGUGAGUGAACCAGAGCUGCUGCGGCGUGAACAGAGACUCACCUGAACUUUGUGUCCCAGCUGCAGGACGCUUUGCUUCCCUGGAAGCAGCUGAAGUCACCUGUACACGUCACACCUUCUUGCUGCUCCCUGGUUGACCUUUGACCUCCUGUAGUUUAAGGUUCCUUCAUGUUUCCGUGCAGACAGAAAACCAUGAACAUUUUAUUACGAUUAUUAAUAAAAAAGAACAUUUCAAAUACAUGAUGAUACAUUUAAUUUAAAAAGAAUGAAAAUAGAACAAAGUAUUAACUGAAAUUAGGAUUAUUUUCCAUGAUGCUCUUCUGCUGACGAUGAAUUAUAAUAAAGCUCUUCGUCUUCCUGAAGAAGACUUCACUUUG